CCCGCGUGGGUCCAGGCAUUUGUACAGCUGCAUCGAUCAAGUUCUGCUAGAGAAGAAGGGCAACAUUUCACAGCUAUGGGUAAAGCAAAAUGAUGCCUUGGAGCCUUCUGUUUUUGCUCAUAACAACGGAAGUUUCUUCGGCCGCUGAAAAGUGUUUCAAAGACAAUUUUACAGGUGGGUCAAAUAAUGCACUAGCUGGCAUUAGCAAGCAGCCUAAGUUACAUGUACAUGUAAGCUACGAUGCAAAUGUCUUAGUUUGUGUAGGUCGAGAACUGUACGUUAUUUUUUCGAUUGUUGUGACCUUGUGCUUUGUUUGUGCGUACGUUUAACCUAGUGAACGUUUUUAAUCGAGCUUUAAGGCUAAGGGGAAAUGGCCAUUUUCUGAGCUUUUUAAUAUCCACUGCACAAAAUAAUCACACCUGCAACUUUGUAUUCAUACCUGUCAUAUCUGUAAUUCAAUACUGACAGCAGACAGCCACUACAUACAUAAGACGUUCUGCAUGUUUACUCAAGAUCUAUUAAAGAAUCUAAAUGCAAAUAUGGAUCAAUGAAGGAGACGUGAAAUCCACCCUGUAAUGCACUUGCCAUAAAAAUGUAAAAUACAACAAUAGAAACUGUUCAAUUCAGUACAGGUUAUUUUAGUACAAAGUGAAUUCACUUUGCACCCUGAGCUGCCUGAAUUAUUAUUAUUGUUAUAUAUAUAUUUUUUUUUUUUUUUUGGGGGUUAUACAAUUAACCCUUUCAAAAUUAAAGGCAAAUUUCGAAAAUUUCCUUUCCUUUUGGAAAUCUGCAGGCAGAGAGCUUUUUUGAAAUCACAUCUAAAUUAUUUGUUUUCAAACAUUAUUGAACAAAUGAUUGCAUUUUAAAUACAUCUAAAUUAUUUGUUACAUUAUUGAACAAAUGAUUAUUUAACAAUUAUUCCUAUUGCCCUCAUGGCCUCUGAGUCAAUAGCCCAUGAGGCCGAAGGCCAAAUGACCUAUUGACUCAGAGGCCAUGAGGGCGAGAGGAAUAAUUAUUGUUUUAGUAAAAUCCAACUAGUUGGUCAAAAAUAUUGAGAGUAAAAAAUUUUUAGGUAAUUAAAGCUAGACUUUAAUCUUUUUUGCCGCCAAAAAGCCCGCGCUUUUCGCUACUAGUGGGCUAUAACAUAUAGCCUAGUAGUAGCUCAACCAGUCAGAACGUAGCAUUGAUAAUAGACUACUAGUUAGAUUUUACUAAUAUUUGUUACAUUUUUCAAUUCUUGUGACAUUUCUUAUAAGACCUUUGUGAGACCACAGCUUGAAUAUUGUACUGCAAUACAGUGAAAACCCACAUAUAAGAACCUAGAAUUUUCGAGGUCAGGCUGAACAGGAUCUUAUCUUUUAGGGUAGUUUUUCACGAUUCAGGCUGAUUAGGUUCUUUAAAGGUUCUUAUUUUUCAGAGGUUGUCAUAGUGUAACUAUUGGCAGAAAUAUUGUACUACUAAUACAUAAUGGCAAACAAUCAAGGUCCAAGAAGAACAUCAAUACAUUUCUAUAUGUUUUAAAUAGGAUAUUAAGAUUUUGAAUUGUCUAUAUUUGCACGGUAGCUUUAUGGAAAAUAUACUUCUAGUGAAAAUCCGAACAAAUGUAAAUCAAAGAAAACAUAUACACAAUAACCUGUUGUCACUGAAAAGUUUCUCACACAAUUAACCAUCAAAAUUAGAGUGAUUCUUUUGUAUAAGAACCUAUUUUUCUUUGCCAGGCUGAACAGGUUCUUAUAUUUUUGGGUAUUUAAAUGCCAAAUUUUAGCCUGUAGGUUCUCAAAUCACUAGGUUCUUAUGUUUGGCUUUUUACUGUAAUAUAUGGGACCUUUAUGAGAAUCGGGCCGUGACAUUUUGUCUUUUGAAACUGAACUGAAACGGAAAGCGGCAUGCUUUUUUACAGGUGAAUACAAUAGAAAAAUCAAGUGUAACAAACAUGCUUAGUACCAAUGGAUGGCAGGUGUUUUUCUGUAAAUUAAAUUGCUAGUGCAUCAUCUUUUUUUUCUGUGAUAAAGCACCAUUGCCAUAGCUUUUUGUAUGCUUCAAAUGAAACUUUAAUGUUACAUUUUUUUCUAGGACACAGUGCAAAGCGUCACUUCAAGCUCUAUAGUGAUUCUAUUACUUUGGUACCCUUAAAACUCAGCUACAGUAGACGUGCCUCUCAACAGAUCUCAACUCAUGUGCUGCGUUUACUGUUAGAGGAAGUCCUUGGAUAUGAAGAUAUUAUACUGGUACCUGAUGACUCAGGACUGUCGGUGAAGAAAGCUGUUCAAAAGCUUACGGGAUGCUCAAGCCACAAGUAUAUAUUUUUACAUCAAAUUUGUAUCUUAGAAUACUGGGAAAAAGUUUUUAUUUCAUAUAAAGCAGUGACCCACCCCUCUACCUCUUUAAUGAUAUGGUACCCUUUUCUUAGUAUUGAAUCUGAAGAGACAUAAUCAUUAUAUAAAUAUACAUUAACCCUUACUUUAUUUUUUGAUAGAUCUAUCAAGACUUAUGUUGGUAGUUUUGAUUACAGCUGAAUUGACUUCUUCACUUCUUGACUUCUCUUGACUUCUUCAGCUGUCACCUAAGCAGCAUUCCAGAAGUUAUGAUCAAUACGGAAGUGUGGGUGCCAUCUGAUUAUCAAUACUACAACUGGGUAGACAGUCAGUUGGUAGACAAGGCUGGAAUUAUCUCUACUCAUGGAAGGUGAGAUGCAAAAUUGGACCAUGCAAGGAUACCAUUUUGAGAAGGUUGUAAGACAAAACAAAAGUCUUUCUCCCUGACGGAUUCAAAACCAUGGCCUUCUAAAAUACCAGUUGGGCACCUUAACCUCUUGAGCCUAGAAGAACCUUCGGGGAACUGGGUUCAUUUGGCAUGCACCCUAUGUACCACUAGGAUCAACAGUGUUGAGUGCAUGAGGGUGUGUGUGUGUGUGUGUGGGGGGGGGGGGGGGGGGGGGGGGGGGGGGAUUAAGGGGAAGGGAGGGGGAUUGGGGAGAAAGGAGACAGUUGCUCCCUUUCGUUUCUCCCUUUUGUAUUCCCCCCUCUCCCUCUCCCCUGGCCUGCCAUGACAUAGAUUGUGAAAGACAAUACAUUAAGCAAAACAUUUUAAUCAAAUUUGUCUCAAUUCACUUGCAGAUUUGGGUGGUAUAUACCAACAGAACUUGAGGAACAACUGUGGAAUGAUAGCAGGAUUAUAGUAGAUAAUUGGAGGGCGUUAAAAUUGCAGACUGUUUUAGGACACUUAUUGCACAAUGCUUCAACACUUACUUCUCAAGUCAAUACGUCAAAUCACAAAGAAUCUUGUGAAAAUGUUGUUGGCUGUAGAAAUGGCUGGUAUUAUGGUCCCAAGUGCCAAGAUGGUGAUAUCACACUACACUGUGCAGUUCUUUUGGCUGAUUUUCCAGGUCUGUCUUUGCUUUACUUUAGGCACGAAUUGUGCUUUAAGCUACAUUUUUUGCCUCUCUUCCUCUGCUAGAAUGGAAAUUUAUUAUUAAUGUUUUCAGAAAAUAAUGCUGAUUUCUGAUUGUUCUGUUUUGAUCAUUUUACUGAAGUCAUGUGCUGUGUUACCCUAGCCCAGUCCCUUUAGCUACAUUUAUGGAUAUUAUGAUCACUGACAAUUAAAAAAAGUAAUAGUCUACAAACAGCAUGCCCGGUGUUGGAAUGUGCUUUAAUCUGGAAAUUAUUAGUUGUACGUCAAGAGGAAAUUCGCCCUGCAAGCAGAGGAACUUUAAUCUUUUUAGAUACACUGUGAAGGUUCUCUUCCACAGGUUAGAGUGUGGAAACAAGAACUCCUGCUAUUAAAGAAUUUAAUAAUGUUGCCAUUCAUAGCAAUGAUUUGCUAGACUACUUUUGCAAAAAAAUAAAAUAUUAUGACUAAAUAGUGUCAAAAAUAACCUGUUCUGUUUUUAGGCCUGCAUCUUCUAAAUAAGUGUACUUUAUGAAUGUAUUCAAAUAGACAUGUUGUGAGAGUAAUUCACCCUCAUGGUUUGAAGAACCCAUACUAACUUCAAGCUUGAUGUCACCUGGAGUAUUUUUAUAUUUCGUGCUUGUGUCCUUCUCUUCAAGGCUUUACGCGCGCUUGAAGACUUUAUCUGAUUGAGGGAUUUUUUGAAUAGUCAAAUUUAGAUAGCAUAUUAAAUAACAUUUUAAAAGGAUAGCAUCUCAGUAGUUUGUUGUGAAAAUUAACUUACCUUGAUUGUAGACCAUUAUGGACAUGUGAUCAGCCAACAGAUCAGUAGCCUUGGUUUGAAUAUCUCAGUGGCGUGGUUAGGCUCCAAAUUAAGUCAUGUUCUCAAUGGAAUUGAAGCAACACCAUACUUGCUAUUAAACUGGCAGCCAAAUACUGCACCCAGAACAAAGAUGACAAGAAUACAUUUUCCCCCUUGCAGGUAGGAAGGGAAAUUUUAAAGAUACUUCUUAGCAAGGCUAUCAAAAUUGUAAAAGAAAAAAUUAAAACAAACGUUUUCUACUAGAUAUUCAUCUUCAGGACCUUUCAGCCUAAUCAUAACUUAUUUGUUUAAUAGUAAACUUAAACAUUACACCAUUGGUCUUACCUUUUUUUAUCUCGUGAAUUCAUAUAUUUAUUACAUUCCUCUCAGUGCUGGUGUAUCCUUGACCAAGGCUUUGGAGUCUCCACAGGAUAAUUAUUACAACUGUGAUUUUCCACCAAGUCACCUUACAAAAAUGGCCUGGGGAAAAAUCCAAGAAAAUGCACCUGAUGUUUACUACUUGUUGUCAAAACUGUAUUUUGAUAAAGAAACACUUGACAAUCUACUUCAGAAGCACAUUGAUAGUGGUGGUAAUUUAACAAGCCAAGAAAUUGCUUGCGAUUGGUUACAGCAGUCCAGAGAUAUCUGGUUGUCAUGGUUACCUUCUGGUAGCCUAAGUAAAGUCCCAGUUUAUCUGGGAGGGAUGUUCCCCUUGUCAGAGAGUGAGGAUGUUGUCUGGAGUAGACCUGGAAUCUUACAAGGUAUGGUAUUUUUUUGCUUCAUGAGGUGACAUCUUGUAGAAGAAUAAUUGUUGACAAAUAGACUUCAGUUUUCCAUUCUCUUUACUUGUAAGGCAUUUAAGAGUUAACAACCAAGACUGCCAUCAGCGCUAGUGGUCUGCGGUCAGUUGGUGUGACCAUGCCCAUCAUGUGAUUCAGUGGUGUGUUUAGUUUCCUUUGUGCACCAUUUAAUUCCUGCCACAAGGUUUCUUUCAACCAGUUUCUUCCGUCCUGUUGUUCUUUCCCCGUGGAUGUUUUUUGUUUUUCAGUAGGAAAGGUGCUUGCUUUUUUUUUUCUAAUCAAAUCCUAUGAAGUAUUUAAAUGGUGUCACAGUAUAGGUGUGGGAUUUUGUCCAAAUUUUUGUCACAAAUUUUCCCACCAUUAUGUUGUCCAUGAGUGAAAUAGUUUUGUCCAACAUGCAGGUUUUAUUUUUGUUGAAAAACAGGUGCUCUGAUGGCUUUAGAGAGAAUCAACCAGGAUGACAGGAUCCUUACAAAUUACAGUUUGGAACUCCUCAUCGAAGACACCCAGUGCAAAACUUCUCUUGUUCUUAAUGCAUUCAUUGAUUUUAUGUCCCGAUCACACAACAAGUCAAUAGCAGGUAUCAUUGGACCUGCUUGUUCUGUUCAAACUGAGAUAAUUGCUGAAACUGCGCCUAUGUACAACACCAUUGUCAUGGGCUAUAGUGUCGAAGGUGUGGCUUUAGCAGAUCGUGAGAAAUUCCCCAUGUUUUUCAGAACAUCUCCAAGUUAUGCCGAAUUUAAGUAUGCCUAUGCAACUGUAUUUGAAUACUUUGAAUGGAAGCAAUAUGCUUCUCUGACUGAUACAAACUAUGUUUCCUCAACUGUUACUGCAACUCAUCAGUAUUUAGAAAGCAGGGGGAUAAGCUUGGUAUAUUCGAGGCAGAUUACAAAUCAGGACACAGUAGAUAUAAAGACUUACCUAACGUCACUGCAAGAGAGCUCUGCAAAGAUUAUUAUUGCAACUCUUUUCGAGGGACUGGCUAGAGCUGUGGUGUGUGAAGCUUAUCGACAGGUAAGUACACAUACAACGCUACAAUAAAUUUGUCCCAUAAAUGUCACAUGAUGCCCAGUUCAUAUGCUGUGCUUGUGCUGUGCCAAACUCAUUUGUAAUUAGGUUCAACAGAAGCAUGACAGAAGCGAGUAGUAUCAAAUCAGCAGUGCAUGAAGAAGAAGAAAAAAAAUAUGUACACAUUUCUGACAACACAUUUCCAACAUUUAUGAAUUUAGUUUGAUGGGCAUAUUUGCACAAUAUAAAGAUCACUGCCAUGCCAGAGCCAUGGAGCAUGGCAGGCAGACCUUGUUUAAAACUUUGAUUCAGACGUCAUGCUUCUGCCAUAACUUAGACGAACAGCAUGAUGUACAAACUGGGCCUAAUUUGUUCUGUUAUCUUUUUUGGUAUUAAAACUGUGCAGUGGGUUUGGUUGAUUUUUGAAGAAGUGACCAUGUUAUACCCGGCAUUCUUAGUUUCAAAUAUUGUGCAGGCGUUGAUUUCCACUGUGGUCAAAUGUCGCUAGUUUCAAGGUUUGGGUCGAGCAUCAGCAUUGGCAUCACCUUGUUUCCUCAGACAAGAAAUAUUGCUUGAUAUUGUCUCUCUCUACGGGCACGUGACGUCCUUGGGUAACCCCAUGAUGGACUAGCAUCCUAAGUGUGGGAAAUUAGCUAUAUUCUUGAGACCACAGCAGGAUUAGCUCAGUCAGUAGAGUAUUUGACUGUGGAGGAGGAGGUCAUGGGUUCAAUCCCUCAUGCAAGCACCAAUAAUCAGGGUCUUAAAAUUAUUGAGUAAUGAAGGUACCUUAAUACUUCCUUUGCCCUGCAAAUGGCUAGACCUUUGCAUGGGUCAUAUGACCAUAUAAAAUGCAGUCCCAUCUCCAGAAUGAGAUGCAAAAAAAGUGUCCUCAUUUUAUUAAUAUAAUAACACUCAAAAAUAGUGCAUUUUUUUCAGUUUCAUGCUGGUGGAACUGAAAAACCACUCUGGCCAUGUGUCACUGAACGUAUGCCUCAUGUGUCCCCUCAGACCUUACGUACAGUGUACUGUACCCAAUAAGCCGUAUUGUUAUACAUCUUUUUACAGGGACUCACUCCACAGAAUGGCUAUGUGUGGUUUUUGCCAUCUUGGCUGGCAGAUGGUUGGUGGCACGUUGAUGAUUACAGGAUCCAUGGACACUCAACUGAAGGGAUGCUUGAUGUACCCUGCUCUACUAGAGACAUGCAACAUUUUGUCAAUGGGGGUUAUUUCUCACUCUCUAAUGCAUUUUUUGGCAAUUAUUUGGAUACUAUUGUGGGUGAAGGCACUGUGCUUGAGUGGAAACAGGAAUAUGAAAUGAGAGUCACGAAAGAGGUGAUUCUAUCCGUUUUAAUUUUGUGUUUUGAUUAUCACUUCUAAACUGCUGUAUUUCUUAUGGAUUUUUGUCUUGCAGCCUGUGUUCAUAACUGUACCAUAAAUCACUUUUUGGAUUCUAGACAGUCUUUUUCUUCAACACUUGUUAAACUCCUUAAGUUUGAAGUUAUAAAAUAAUGUAAAUAAUUUUAUCAGGCAAUGCUUAGCUUGAUUCACUUGUUGCAAGAAUGGUCAACUGUUGUGUGGUAAAGGCCUGGGGGUACUCGACAAAUGUUUAUACGGGGAGGCUCCACCCCAAGGUUCAACCCUUUAUGCUUUUAUAUACCAUUUUUCGUGAAAAAGGUACCCCUUUUGUAUACCUUCUAUUGACUGUAUGAAAGUGGAUUAAUUGUACCAUGAGAUAUGUCACAUUUAAAUUUGUUUUUUUCAACAGUUCUCUCAAAUGUUUGUUUAUGGUUUGUCACCUCUUUAGCUGCUAAUUAAAGUAAUAAUGUUCAUUAAUAAUCUUUUAGAACCAUACUCCAUCAGAAUAUGCAAGUUUUGUGUAUGAUGGUGUUUGGGCAUAUGCAGUUGCCCUGGAUAAACUCUUCAGCACAUAUCCUUUGGGACUGGAUACAAUAAGAACUAAUCACACAACUCAGUAAGUGCCACAUAGUAAAAUGAUUCUCUCUUUUUUCUUUCUGCUAUGUCAAUCAUCAAUGUUGUCACCUUAAAUUAAACUAGUCUCCCUCACAGCUGUUUUUAUCGUCACCAUGCGACUUUGUCCACUGCGUGAUGACACUGAAAAUGGCCUUGAGCUUUUUGGCUUUAUUUACUGUGUGUUAGUUUUUUUAUCUCAUGCAUGAAAUGAAAUAUUUUUAAGUUUUAGUGCAAGAUAACAUGGCAGUUAAAAUGUUUUCAUGCAGUUGAACCUGUAUAUAUAAAGCGGUCAUCCUUGGGAAGUGGCUAAGUGACCGAAAGAAAUACAGUUCAAAGAAUUAGAUCUCCAGUGCUGAUCAGAACAGAUGCUUGGUUGCAAAUAGAAACAUUCGUUUCCGGCGUCUCAAUGAUUUGCGAAAAUAAACGAGGAAAUCAAUAUUGUUGUACCUUGUGUGUUACAUUAGUUGAAACUGUAUGAACACCGUGUGACCAUUUAAUACAAGUUAAGACAAUAGAAAAAGUCUUGUUGGGAUUUCGCAAAUGGUGACUGUGACCACUUAAUAGAGGUCGAAAUUACAGUAGAUCAAGAGAAGCAAUUUUUGGGACUUUGAAAACUGACUGCUUAAUACGGUGCCACUUAAUACAGGUUCGACUGUAUAUUCAAUCUAUUAGGAUAACUGUUUGUUACUUUGCAGGCUCCUGAGAAACCUCCUCCAAGAAACCAACUUCACUGGUGUGUCUGGCCGUGUUCAGUUUAGAGAUGGAGAGAGAUACCUACCUACUAUUGAGAUAAGACAGCACUUCCCUAGCAGGGUGGUGAGAGUAGGCUGUGUGCACCCUAACCUAGAUGGUGUGUGUGAUAAAAGCAGGAACUGUUUAACAGUGAAUGAGACUAUCAUCCAUUGGCCAGCAGGAGGCAGGCCCUCUGAUGGUAGAUCAGGUAAAUUCUGUUGCUCUGUUGCAUUUGUCUGCUUAAAGUUGGCCUAGCCAGGUGCUUUGUCAUGUGUAGUUUUUGCUAUACUUUUAAACUUGCUGAUCGUGAAUCCAAAACACCUAGAUUUGGAGUUUAUCUAAUGAAUCCACUUGGCGUGGGUAUUUUUUAUAUUCUUUAUAAUCUGUUUGCCUAUUCAGUCAAGUAUAUUUUUUUAUUCCAACCCAUUGAACUCUUGGAGCAUAAAGGCUAAGGGACACUUGUACAGGGCACCCAAAGUAGCCAUGUCUGCACAGGAAGUCCAAAUUAAUGGAUGUAACUUGAACUAGUCAUGGUCUUGGUUUUUGAACCCCUGUAAAGUAUUUACAAAUGUUUAUUUGCUUUCAACAGUAGUUUUCUGAUGAAUAUGACUACUUUACAAUUUAAUAUCUUUGUUCUUUGGCAGAGCCUUCUACCCAUGAAUUGUGUUCUGUAGAGUCAUUCAGAGCUGCUCUUGGUAUUUCAUGCACUGGAGCAAUAGCUGCCAUCAAUGCAAUAGGUAAUAACUCUCACCCUUUUGCCUGGGACACGUGUGUUCUUAAACAUUAGUUGCUUUCCAUAUUGCUUAAAGUGCAAUGCAGGGGAGGCAGAGCUGUCAUUAAGGGUCAUAACCCAUAACACCUGUUAUGGCUGUGACCUCGCAUGAUGUUAUGGGUGAUCAAAGUGGAAAGCUUAUAGAUGACACUGUAAAUUUUUAUGAGAUGUUAUGGGUGAAUCUUCAUUUGCUACAGCGGUUUCAAAACUUAAUGGCAGCCCUGGGCAGGCAUUUAAAAGGAAGACGAGAGCAAGAACGGGAUGGGUGCGCAAGAUUAUUGUGGGCACACCUUGAAGACAAAGUGCAGAGCCAUUAAAUAUUGGCUGAAAUUUUGUGAGCCGGAGCACCAAAAUAAACUCUCUGGAAUAGCAUUUACAGACCAAAUUGGUCAAGAUAAAAAGUAACUUUGGUCAAGAUAAAAAGUAACUUUGGUCAAGCAAAUUAAAACGACUAUUAAAUCUCGCAGGUCUUGGCGACAUAUGGUCAGCGAAAACUAACACUCCCGCAAUCAUGAACUCAUACACGACAGAGACUCUUAGACAUAGAACAGCAAACAUGGAUUAGCGAAAUACACAAUGAUGAACCAAAGGAUCCGCAUCAAAAAAACAAACUAAGAACUUUUAGGAAAUUUAAACUUACCCAUGACUACGAAAAUUACCUCACAAAUGUAAGAAACAUCAAUCAUAGAGUAGCAAUCACAAAGCUAAGAUUAAGCAACCACAAACUAGCAAUUGAAACUGGACGAUACGUUAAACCUUAUCAACCACCAGACCAAAGAAUCUGUCCAUUAUGUAAAACUGGGUUAGAAGACGAGGAGCAUUUUUUGAUGAAUUGCAUAGCCUAUAGGGAUCCUAGGAGAGAGCUGUUCAAUACGCUAAAAAAGGAAACUAAUCUUAUUCUUGACUCUAUGACUCCAAGCUCUGCCUUUGCAACGUUGAUAAGUAUGAAGCAAGGAGAGAAAACGCAAAAAGUUGUGGCUAAAUACGUAUAUGAUCGCUUCCGCGAAGGAGAUAGACGCGCUAAAUAUAACCUUGUUUAAUAGUUGUAUAAAUUUUACAAAUGUACACCUCUGUAAUUAUUGCACGAAAAUCUUUGUUAUCGUUGAAAACACAUGUGUCUGUAGGCGCUCUGUUGAUAAUAAAGCACUUAUCCUAUCCUUAUCCUUAUCCUAUCCUUGUCUCACUUCACCUCCAUAGCAUGCUCUUCACUUUUUUGUCACCCAAAUUCUUUCUUUCCACCAGAAUUUCACUAAAAGCAUUGAAAAUUUGUUAAGUAUCCUCAAACAGAUAUGCAUGAGUCUAAACUGGGGGAUACCCUUGUGAGCAGUGGUUUCUCCAGGUCAGACGCAACGAAGGGAGAAACCACAGCUUGCAGGGUAGUUGGCAGAUAAAAUUAAUGCGGGGUGAUUCGUAGCUAAUAAAAUAAUAGCUCUUACUUUUUUGUAUAUGGCGUGUGAUAAAAAAUGUUUAGAUUUUAUUUUUUUUUUUCAUUCCCACAGUUAUUGGGUUGUUUCUAAUUGUCAUCAUAACUCUUAUUUGGAUCUGCAUAAAGAGAAGGUAGAGGAUGCUUGUAUGUCUCUUUUAUGUAACGAAUAAAACUAAAAACUGUAUCUUGUCACCUCGCCACCAAUGAGAUCGCCACCAAAAUAGAACUUAGCUUAGAAUUGUUUUGAACCUUCAUGAACGGAAAUUUCUUAACCGUUAAUUUUUAUUCAUAUUUCAAAGAGAUGACCUGUGGUUGCGGAACGUUUCUGCCAGUUUUUUAAUCUAAUGUCAAAGUUUACAUUCACAGAACCUAUUCGUGUAUUAUUAGUAUUUGUAUUAUCAAGAGCAUAACACGUUCGACGCAAGGAUCGUCAAUUAGGAUCGACAGAAUUGUAUUUAGGUCGACUUUAAAUUCGAAUAAGCUUGACGAAAAAGUGAAAAUCUUAGGUAAGUAAUCCUAAGUAUUAAACUGCGUCAAUUAACUCAGAGUUAUUUGUUGGUGACGAGUCGACUUUUCAUUGGUGGCAAUUUCGUUGGUGGCGAGAUGACCGUAAACCCUAAAAACAUAUGUAAACUUCAAAACGGUGAGUUCCUCCUGAAUCUGGUGAAUAUGCUCAAGUAACUGCUGUAUUUGCCAUCCUGUUUGGUUUGUUUCUGUUUCAUUCACCCAUCUUUGUGCGGUGGUUUCUACUCCAUAGAUCGAAGAGUCUUUGUAUCGCUUAUUCAACCCUUUGGUUCAAUUGCAUGAUGGGCAAAAAUCAAAAUUCAGAAAAAAUACAAACGUAAACUACUGAAGACCAAAAUUAAUAGUACUAUGUAAAAGUAUUACCAAACAGUUUUCAUUUGAAUGGUCACAAAACAGAAUUUGGUCCACACACUCAAAAGUUGGAAAGACUCUACAAAACAGUUAGCACAACGUGAAAGUACUGCCGAAGAGUCUUCAUUUGAUCUCACCCACAAACUCAACAGUGAAAACUACUGCCAUAUGCCGCAUUGUUCUCAUUGUCAUUUCAUCGUGGCUCACAUAAGAUCACUGACGUAUUUUUCCAGAUAUGAUAGUAAGUAUAGAGAAACCCAACAGCGCAUGGAGGAGUUAGGCUUGAUGGAACAAUCGCCAAUUCUACACUUGGACGAGUGGGAGAUCCCUCGCGAGAACAUCGUCCUCAAUCGCAAACUUGGUGAAGGAGCGUUUGGUGCGGUGUGCGGCGGUGAAGUGAUGGGGAUCGGAGGCGACGGAGAAUGGGUACCAGUGGCUGUUAAGUCUCUGAAAAUUGGGUCUUUACCUGAAGACAAGGUAUGUAACAGGGGUUUCAUUAAGAAUAGCAGUAGCAGGAGAAUAGUGUAAAGUAACAGGAGAAUAUUUUUGAAAGAACGAAGAACUUUCCCGGAAAGAGCUUGAAAACAAUCCUGGAAAUUUUGCGAUUUAAACCCUGCUGAGUUUGAUAGCAAAUUUUAUUUCUCGUAGCUGCGGAGAAUUAUGCUUCGUAGACGGAGAAUUCUCCGAUCUCCGAUGCUUAAUGAAACCCCUGAUGUAAUCUUCUCUUCUCCGCGGUCAAACGAGACACAUUUGCAAAAGCUAAAGGACCUAAUAAACGCCCGGGGCGUCUAUGUAAGUAUAGGGGUCCAAGCAGGGGCGUUAAAUAGAUAGAAGGCGUUCAAAGGAAAGAGACGGAUAGUGACUUCCUUGCCGGCUCCGUCGCCUUUAUUUGAUUACUUGUGGUAUUUAUUUCAAUAUUGUCCCGUUCUUUUUUGUAGCUUGAAUUCUUAAGUGAGGCGGAAACUAUGAAGGUGUUUGAUCACAAAAACAUUGUAAAGCUGUUGGGUGUUUGCACCAAGGGAGAGCCUGCCUACGCUGUCAUGGAACUAAUGAUACACGGUAUGAAACAGAACAGUGAAUGCGUCAUUCCAUUAGCCUCCCCGCAGACGUCCUUUGGGGUUCGUUCGUCACGCAUUCGUUUCUCCCCCACGUGGGGGAACGAACGAACCCCAAAGGACGUCUGCGGGGAGGCUAUCAUUCCAUCCGCCUACUUGUAUAAAUAAUUUUAACCCCUUUUUUUCUCUGUUUUUUAUCUUUGUUAUCCUGAUGAGUUUACCGUGUUAAACUGAAUAUUUAUUAGAGCUAGCCUGGGAAAGCAGCCAACAUUUCGCGACACCAUCACUGGUUUCCCCGCAAAAUGACGUCUGGGUAGUGCUUCUGACCAUGGUUGGCCGUGCCGCGUGGGAAAUUUGCUUCAACCAAUGAAAAGCACUCCCUAGAUCUGGGUAGUGACACGUCAUCAGUAUGGAAUUUCUUAGCUUGUUUCUCAGACGUCAUUUCGCGGGGAAACCAGUGGUGGUGUCGCCAAAUGUCGGCAGUUUUCUCAGGUUAUAUUAGAGCUAGAAUAACCUGUUAAAGGGCAAUAACCGCAGAAUAUAAGACACCGAGUUUAAUUCAUUUUCCAUUGUUAUUUAUUUCCACUAAUUUCUUGCAUUGCAUUGCAGGUGAUUUGAAAAACUUCCUUUUAGCAAGGCGUCAAUUCGCAAACCAAAACUGUAAAGAGGUACCUAUGUAUAAUCUUAGUGUUGAAAAACGUCAAAACUUACCCGACUGUCUCGGUGUUUUGCGCUGUAUUUUGACAUUCUUAAAAUGGUACUUUUGUGUACUCAUGCUAUGUUUUUGUACUCUGCGAGCAGAGGUUUCUCUCUGCACGCGAACGACUUUGUAAAUGUUAAAAGCCAUGCCAGAAAGAAACGUCUGCUCACAGGUUAAUGUUUUUGAGGCAGUACCGUAUUUAUUCGAAUAAGCGCCCAACCUCGAAUUAGCGCCCACCUCGAAUAAGCGCACAUCCUAAAGGCAGAAAAAGUUAAUAAGCGCCCAGCCUCAAAUAAGCGCCCACCCCCUCCUCCUCCCAAUCAAACUCAAAUAAGCGCUCACCCUUACCCCACCCACUUGAGUGAAUAAAUUCUAAUAAGAGACUUUCCCGAGGACGGAGUUUUCUUCAGAGUAUUUUAUAGAAACCUUGCUUUAUUACUUCUUCGCGUUUUGUUAUUAGCAUUUAUUGUUUUGUUGCAAUUCACUUGCUGAAAAUGGUGAAAAUUUAAUAAGCGCCCACCUCGAAUAAGCGCCCACUCUCAAGGUCCAAAAAUUUAAUAAGCGCCCAGGGCGGUUAAUCGAAUAAAUACGGUAAUUCGCCUUUUUUUGUCUUUGCAUAGCGUGUAAUGUCUAUAGCCAUCUUCCCGAGCUCUGCACUACCCAAAAAGUGCUGUCUUUUCAUGACGUCAGUCGUUCAUUACUUUUCUAUUAGAGAGCUUUAGAUUCUAAGACGAGUACGACAACGAGUACAAGAUUUCUCAAAACUAAGUAGUACUCGCGCGUGAACCAGCGUCAUUUGGCGGGAAAACAUCUCGUAGUGGCGGAAGUAAGUUAUCAGAUGCGAUCGAGAGAGGGCUUAACCUCCUCCAAUAAAGAUAACUAACUUUUUGGUGAAAAAAAAAUACAAUGACGCAUUGCAGAGUGUGUAUUUUUUGACAAUACGCGAAAAAAAAACUGUAAAUCAAAUCUCGUACUCGUACUCGUUCUCGUCCUCGAAUCUAAAACUUUCUAUUAGGGAGCUUAACCAAAGGUGUUUUUGAGCCUCGCACGUCAACCGGAAGUGAGGUCUUUUUCAUUUUAAAGCACCUUGACGUUACCAAAUUUGUAUUUCUAAGUGUCUUUACUAUUAUACAGACGAUUUGUCCAAAAAUUUAGGCAAAACCACUGUCCAAAAAAGAAAAAAACACCACUUCCGGUUGACGUGCGUCGCUCAAAAACGUCUUUGCUUAUGCUCACUAAUAUUCGAUGGUUGACGUCAAUUUUGGGUGCUGUUUAAUCUCAUCCAUAGCCUUGUGCACCUUAUGGAGGGUGUAGAUAAGGUUACCAGUGAGUAACAUCUGGGUGUGUCUCUUCAAUGGACACCAUCAUUUUUAGCGUUGUGAUGGGUGUGUAGGAAUACUCCGAGAUGCAUCAAUUCUAACAAAACCUGGUUACCUCCUGCUCUUCCUGGUCUUACUAAGGCUCCUAUCCAGCAUAAGCUUGUUGUCUUUCAGGCGGAUGAUGUUACGCCUACCAAGCUGACUAUGAUGGCCACAGAUAUCACAAACGGUCUUGCCUACCUCGCUGAAAUGAAGUUUAUUCAUCGGUAUGUAUAGAUCUUAUUCAGUCACUGUUUCUUUUAUAUUUUUCCUAAUUAUGAUAAGCCCCGCUGGCCUCUUUAAGAAUGUGCGAAAUUCAAAAUAUUUUUUUACUUUAAUAUGAGACCAAUUAAGUUAAAGUUCAUUUCUCAUUUCUUAUCCUCUUCAUCAAAUUGAGGCAUGGUGCAUAAUACCAUGGGUGCCAGAGGGUUUUUUCCCUGCCUAAUAGCCCAUGUACGAUAUGUUAGAAUUCUAACAUUACUCGGAGGCUUUACGGACAAAACUGCUAUUUUUUCAAGACUCCAUUGUCUGGCAAUUCUCGGGAGAGACUUGAGCACAAAGAAAACCAAACCAAUUACCGAAUACCUUGUUACAAUUUUAAUAUAUCGAACGUAGGCUAUUCUUGACGGUUCGCGGCAAGGCCGCGACUGGGAGGCAAGCACAGUUCAGUUACUUCAUCCAAAGUAUUUUGCGAACUAGUAAGUGGAUAACCGUUCAUAUGAUAAUGAGUUUAACUUGCAUGUGAAUAAAAACUUAUUUUCAUCGAAAGGUUGGUUUGAAAAAGAGGCUUUUGGUGAACCAGAAAUGGUCUAUUAACAUUACUAUAAAAUAAUAUUAAAUCUUGUGCCCUGUAUGAACAGUAUCUAUUGAAACGACCCUACAGUACAGCACAGUUUAAAUGCUUCAAGACGGUAAACCUGUUACCAUGGAGUUGCACUGGCAAAAACAUGGUCGACCAGGGCAGCGAAACCACUCUUAUGCUGUGUAGAUCUCUUUGCCUGUUCAAUGGAGACAUUUAACGAUGACAUUUAAUUCCUCUGUUUUUCCAAGGAUAUAAUUUUCACUUAACCUACAAGUAAUUUUUAUCUUUUGUGUUUUAUUAGCGACGUUGCUUUAAGGAAUUGUAUGGUGGGUUCAGGAUAUGUGGUUAAACUUGGAGACUUUGGAAUGGCACGAGCCAUGUAUGACUCAGAUUACUACAGAUUCGGACGGAAAGGUAAGCGAAUAUUUUACCUUGCUCUUAUUUUAUGAGAUACAUUUCCGAUCCUUCACAGGUUUGUUAGGUGCUACUUGCUGGACUAUGGGGCUGGCUGGAGGCUGGCUGGCGGCGGGGGAGGAGGGGGGUUGUGGGGCUACUGGACCGUUGGAGCUGACAGGGGCUGACAGGGACUUGUGGCACUGGCGGGGCUGAACAGGCCGAUGGGGAUGACAAUUACCAAGAUCGCUCAAAAAGUUGCUCAAACUACUCUAUUGCUUUGCGUACCGUGAGAAAUUGCUCCGUCUUUUCUGCUGAAGUCAUUACUUUGUGCUUUUAACCUUCUACAAAAUGCUCCUUUGAAGUUAUGAUGAGGAGAUCAAACAAAUUUCAUCAGAGAGUGCUAACCAUAAUUAUGAAGUUUUGGUGAUUUUUGCAGGCAUAGCAAUAAAACUCUUUUUCAAGUUUCAUCCGUGUCCAUCCUUGUCAUCCGUUGUAAGAGACGACAGAAAACAGUUUCAAUAUCUAAAUAUAGUCUUAAAUAACAAAACUGGACCAUUAUUGUCGGAAUUCAGUUGAUGCGAAGACACAUUUCGGCUUUUUUAGCGUGACAUUAUAGCCCCUUUAACUUGCAGCCAUGCUUCCUGUUCGCUGGAUGGCACCCGAGUCACUCGCGGAUGGUGUAUUCACGACAAAAUCUGACGUGUGGAGCCUGGGCGUUACAUUGUGGGAGUUGGCUACAUUUGGUAGCUUUCCUUACCAGGGCCUUUCCAACGGAGAGGUAGUGGAAAGUAUGAGACUGGGGCGAAGCAUGGAUAAACCUCGAGGAUGCACCAAUGAACUGUAAGUUUUAUCCCCCCGCUAUUUUUCGGAUAGAUAAAUUUUGCCAAUGAUACCAAGAGUAAAAUCACAAUAUUUAUUAGGUUGGUCUUUAUUUCAUCUAAAUGUUUCAUAGCGAAUGAUCAUAUACUCACAUAAAGAAACCGUAGUGAAAGAUCAACUCAGCAUGUAUGAAACUAAUCACUCUAAUAACUGUAUUUCAAGUGAUAGUGGUGAGAUGGUGAAUUUUAAGCCUGGCGAAUACUUGAGAAAGAUGAUUUUUCGGUCCGUGCCACAGGCGACUGGGAAGAAAAAAAAUCCAAGUACUCCCCGUAGGAGUCGAACUUAUGACCAUCUAGUGACUAGUCGAGAUGUGGCACUGACUGAUUAACAUCUUUCGUGUGUUUUAAAAUUUGGUAUUUCUUUGAAAUGCCCGUACUCGUAGUGAGCAGCAUUUCGAAAAUUUUAUUCCUUUCAUGAUCUUUGAUAUUCUCUGCUUUAAUUUUAGAAACACAUUACUGACAGAGUGCUGGAGAAAAGACCCGGAUCAUAGACCCGAGCCGGUUAAAAUCCUGCAGUUACUCAGCGCUCAUCCAGCGAUGGUGACCGCUUGUUUGGACUCGCCGAUGUCCAGCGUAGUCCGGGAUGAGGAGGACUGUGUACGACCAGAUAGCAUUAGAAAGGGAAGUGUAAGAUCGUGGCGGGGUACCCCCUCCCCCUCCCCCUCCUCAAAGCGCUCUCGUACCAUUACCCAGCUCACUCAGAAUCAGAUGAAAGUUUUAAUGCCUCUUUCAGAAAACGGCGGUGCUGUCGCUGGGGCUGUUUAAAGGGGCUGUGUUACGAGGAUAUCGCUGUUUGAGGUCGAUUCUGCGCUGAAGUGAUUUCUUAGUGCCUUUACCCAGACACGAAAUGCUCCUGUAGAGUUGUGAACGGAGAACUAACCAUAAUAACAUUUUUGGUGAUUUUUGAAGGCGUGAAAACGUUGGCCCAACUUCUUCACGUUUCAAUCCAUGUUCAUCCAUGCCAUCCGUUGCAACAGACGACAGGAAAUAGUUUCAGUGCCUAAAUAUAGUGUAAAGUAAAAAAAACUGUGCCAUUACUUUUGAAAUUCAAUUGAUGCGAAAGACGUUUUAGCUUUUUAAAAAGACAGCAAAUAGCUUGUCACAGCCUCGUUAAGGGUCACCUUUAUAUCCGUGUUAUUGUUUGCGUUAAGGUAGCUCACUGCAGCUUUCAGUAUUUUUUAGCACUUGCGCAAAUAUAGAAUUGUGAAAAUGGGGGUGAAUGUUUUGCUAUUCAUAAGAUCUUAAAUCCGUGUAUUGCUGGCUCGGUAAAGGGGACCUGGGAACGAGGUUUUUACCGUGAAGUAAGAGGUAAUUGAAUGUUCUUGGGCGUUAAAAAAACUACCGAGAGGAACCAGUGCCCCAUUUGUUUUGAAAAAUCCAUAAUUUGGUUCAAUAUUCUCCACAUGGCUUUUGCCUGUAAAGUCGGGGGACCUAUGUCGGUAAAAAUAUUUAUUUCUGUCAGGUUUUAUUUAAUGAUGUUCAAUCAGCGUCAAGAUAAUUUGUAUGUAACUAAUCUUGAAUUGAAUUGAAAUCACUUGAAUUGGUAAUUGAAUGUUCUUGGGCGUUAAAAAAACUACCGAGAGGAACCAGUGCCCCAUUUGUUUUGAAAAAUCCAUAAUUUGGUUCAAUAUUCUCCACAUGGCUUUUGCCUGUACGUAAUAGUCGAGGGGGAACUUUAUUCGAAUAUGUCGCUGUAUAAAAUAUUUAUUUCUGUCACUUUUAUAAAGUGUAUAUAUUUAAUGAUGUUCAAUCAGCGUCAAGAUAAUUUGUAUGUAACUAAUCUUAUCUUGUAUUGCACAUGUUUGGGAUUAAUUAUUUAUUUAAAACCUAUAAACCCAGUAGGUUGUAAACAAAUAUUUAUUAUCUUUUCUGUAAAAUGAAAGCUUCAAUGGAAUGUGAAAUUGUUUUUAACUCGUCUUCAAUAUGAAGAAAAUUCUGUACAUUUUGAAACCUCAGUGGAAGCAAGCAAAACUGAGCUUGUAAUUCAUCGUGUAGAUUGUGGUUACAACUUCUAAUCUGGUUAAUACCCUAACUUGUGGCCGUUAAAAAAAAAAUAGUCACCGAGGAUUACGUCCUAGUGGUCGACCCUGCACAGUAGGUCUUAAGUAUCAACCUACGAAUGGAAUUCUGAGGCA